GACAGAACAAUGACAAAUGACAGUUGACUAGUUGGUUGGGUGUUUGAAAGUUUGGUUAGUUGAAUUUGCGUAAAUUAAUUUAUCAGAAAAUAAUAAAUCUACACAUUAUAUAUGCCUUAACAUAUUCAAAAUCAACACAGCCCAACUGGAAAUGGCGACAGAAAUACUAAAGUCCUUCAAUCACCUCCAAAAUGAAUUGGAGGAAGCGAGAAGUAGCUUAAAAGGUGUCGAUGAAAACAUUAAACGUCUGAUCGGCAGGGAUCCCAGCGAAAUUCCACCUCGACCCGGUUUAAAAAGACAGUUAAGCGAUAAACCUUUUCAUCCCGCAUCAAAGUUGCCUCGUAGGGCGAUAGAAAAUGAGGAAAUUUUGGGGAAGCGUCGUAACCCAAACUCUGUUUUUAAAAGACUCUCGGAGAAAGUAUACGACGAACCUCCAAAAAUACAACCAAGAGGAGGACUUAUUAGCAAAGUAAUCCCUGCCCCAAAAGAGGUUCCAAGCAGGCAAGAUGCUUUGGAUAAACAAAGCAAAGAUGAAAAGUUUAAAGCAAGAAAUCGUAGAAUGUUUGGUGCUCUUCUAGGCACUUUACAGAAGUUUCAACAGGAGGAAACGAAAUUAAAGAAAAAAGAAGAAAAAAGGAGUCAAAUAGAGAAAAAAAUUGAAGAACAUGAAAUGCAAGAGAAGGCAGAAAUCAAGAAAGAAAGGCAAGAGCUUUUUUUAAACAGAAAGAAAAAACAGCAAGAAAUUAAAAUGAUUGAGCUUAAAAUGUUGCGAAUGAAGGAAUACACAUUAUGGGAAGACUCUCAGAAACCCAGAAAGCAUUUUAUUACUACUAAAACAAAACCUCACAUACAUUAUUUGCCAAGAAGAAUGAACGAUAAGUCAAAGGAAUUACUGGAAAAAUCUAGGAAAGAAGUUGAAGAGCAUAUUGAGAACAAACGGAAAGCAGUAUUCGAUGAACUAAAUCACAUUGAGGAACGUAUGAAAAAGAACUUUGAAAGUAAAACUCAUACUAAAGAACCAAAAGAAGAACUAAGUGAUACCCGACAUGAUCGCCGUGAUAGUGAUAAUGAAUCUGAUGAUGAUAUAGACAUGAAAAUGGAUGACAGAGAGGAAGAGAAAGAUGAAACAGAACCAACAGAGGAAUUGAAGCAAAAGGAAUCAAACCAGAUUGUUUCAAAUGAAGAUCAGAGUAAGCCUGAAGAAUCCAGUACUGUUGCAGCAGAUUCUGAAGAAAAAGAAGGACACAGCAUUGAGACACAUCAAGAACAAAAUGGUAAUGAAUCAGAAGAAAAACAUAUUAAUAUGGAAGUGGAGAUAGAAAAUAUACAGGAUGACAAUAAAAAAGAAAACUCGGAAAAGGAUGUUGAGAGUGAACAGAAUAAUGUUCAUGAUAGUGAAAGUGCAAAUGUUGACAUUAAUCAAGUAGAAGAAAGCACAAGUGUGGAAAUUGACAGACAAGAAGUUACUGAACAAAGUGAAAAUACCAGUAUUUGAUUUAAACAAAAACAAAACUGUAUAGAACCUAGAAAUUAGUUUUAGCAACUACUCACUAUUCCAAAAUGAGUUUUUUAAGAUAAAAACUGUCAAAAUUCAAAAUUGAUCUAUGAAACAUCUAGUUUUCGUAAGGUAUGAUAUUUAUUUUGAAGACUUUAUACCUGUACAAAAUAUUGUAUAAAUAAGAAAGUUUUAAGUAAAAUUGUAUUUCUGUAUAAGUGUUUUUAGAAAAGCCAGAGGUUUGAAGGACUUUGGCUUUGUGAAAGAUUUUUUAUUACUGACCACGGAAAGACCUUUUCUAAUAACUAUCAUCUAAUUUCUAAUUGAAUAACAGUCAUAAAUGAAAAGGGUAUAGU